GCCCAGCCAACCGAGCCUCUUCUUCGUCUAGACGCGCUGCGCUUUUUGAUAGACACGUUCCGUUCCUCCUGCCAUGCCCCUCUAGUAUAUCGACUUGCCCAGAGGAAUGCGCAUGCUCGCCUCCGAGUCGCUCGCAUUCAUUCUCUCCUCACUUUUCUCGAAGCCUCAUCGCUCAACGUCUCUCCCUACCAGAACCAGCACAUCCGACGACUACCGUCCAUUUGCCACAAGACGCACCCAUGCUCGCCAUACAACGUCCCAGGAUGGGUUCGACGCAGCCGUCAGACCCGAAUUUGCCCUUCGGCUAUGCCGUUGAUUCUUCUCAAGACUUCUUCCUCGACCCCCCCGAGCCCGCCCCCGGCGCACCUCUCCUCUCCGACAAUGACACCAAGCUACUCAGCUCCUUCUUCGAGGACAUGACGGCGGACCACUACAACCUACCAUCAUUUGGUGAAGGCCUCAACUUCAGUGAUGCCUGGUUGGAUCUACCACCCCAGUUUAUGGGGACAGCCACGUCUUUUGGCCAGUCGCCCGCACCACCACCGCUCGCCUCCCCUGGUCAUGCCAUGACCCAUACUGACUUUUCCGACAUGAUGUCAAUGAGCUCAACUUUGAUGCCACCGCCUCCCCCUCCUCCGUCACAGCAGCAGCAACAACAGCACCACCACCACCACCACCACCACCACCAGCAACAUCAGCAGCAACAGCAACCGCAGCAUCAGCCGCAAUCACACCCGUCACUCGAACAGCAUGCCUCAGCCGAUGUUCUCCAAGCUGCCAGCACACUACUACACAACGGUUCAUCGUCGAGAUCAAACGCGAGCGGGUCUGGGCCGAUGUUUGGCAGCAGUAGUAGGGAUAUGCCGCACUCUCUCGGGCCCCCAGUCGGUCACCUCAGACAUCAGCCUAUGGAGGAUUUCAAGCGUGCUGAGCGCGGCAGCAUAGCUCAGGCUAGCCUCGUUGACGACCACGAGAGCACCUUCGCCGACAUGUUUUUCGGUCCCGCUCCGGGAGAGAGGGUUUCCGCACAACGGGCAAACCAGGCUGCUAAUAUUGAUGUCCAAUGGGGCUCGGAUGCUCGCUUCAACCGCUCCAACAGUUUCGUCCCGGACCCAAAAGAAACGUACGAUGCUUUAUCCAAAGUCCAACUGAGAUAUAUGGAGUGCCUCGAGCCAAGUCAAAGCACGGAUAACACUCGCCCACCGAGCCCCAACGGCGAGCAUGCGUUGGGAAAGGGACACAGUCGAAAGUCUUCGGAGAUUCUAAAAAAGGAGGAAGACGCGGACGCUCCUCCACGGAAGAGGAGGAAGAGCAGAAAUACAAAGGAAGACCUCGACGAAGACGAAGAGGAAAAUGGUAUGGCAACAAAGGCGGCGAGGAAACGCAAGACCAAGGUCGACUCGAUCCCCGCUACAUCACCAACUGAAAACGGCACAGCCGGCAGAAGACGCAAGUCGGGCACGGGAGGGGCCAAGCCACCCCGCGAGAAUCUGACUGAAGCACAGAAGCGAGAGAACCACAUCAAGAGCGAGCAAAAGCGCCGAACCCUGAUCAAGGAAGGCUUCGAUGACCUCUGUGAACUCGUGCCAGGCUUGAAGGGAGGCGGCUUCAGCAAAAGUACCAUGCUGACCAUGGCCGCCGAGUGGCUCGAAGAUAUAAUGAAGGGCAACGACGAGCUCAGGGCUCAGGAAACCGCCCUUGUGAUCCGGUAACGAGAACGUAACUAUACCCUGGAAAUACGGCCGUUAUAACAUGGGCUUACCACUGGUGCACUUCCUACCCCAAGAGACGAUGUCCGAAUAUGGAGCAUGAGGUCUAUGUAUCACAUCGUUGGAACACUGUCUUUAUGUGGCUAGAUGAAGAACACAUUAAAGCAGGGGUUUCCCGAAGGGCAGCAAGUUGGAUGAUGAUGAGAGUGAUUUAUGAGUAUCCCGGCCUUGAUGCGGGCCGUGUAUGGGAGGCGACGAUGAUUUACAUGCGGAACCAGAUUUACCCAGAUUCACCACUGUUUAUC